AUAAUAUUUCUGGUUUUUCUAUUGUCAAAGUUGACCUGGUAAAAUCAUUUUUGUGUUUUUUUUCAAUCUUGUAUAAAACUUGGUAUUUCUCAUUAGAAAUGGCCAUUGGAGCAUGCUUUGGUGUGCCUCCUUUCUUUUCACGCAGGAAGCAUAGUACAAUAUUUCAGGAAGAAGAGAUGAAAGAGACAAAGAGAAGUCCUGUUAUUGAAAAGAAGAGAACACCUCCCAUAGCAGUAUCAAAAAGCUUUAAAUCCAAAGGUUCCACGGUUCGUAAUUCAUGUAGAGUAGCAGGGAACUUCAUAAUAAUGACUGAGCUUCGGAACAAGAUCCUUACCUUGAGAGACUUGCUUGAUUUGUCCCCUUGUAUUGGCUCCGCAUCUGUAAAUGAGCUGCUGAUUUUGACGCUGAAAGAUCUGCAACAACUGUAUCCUACAAUCAAUCCAUCUAUUUCUUUGUCAAAAAUUGAUGAAGCACCGAUGCAGCAGGCACUGCAAUUCUUUUUUGAUACUCUGAUAUCAAUUGGGGAAAUGUGGACAGGCAAUGAUGAGUGGAUGGUCAAAUGCAAGGAGGAUUCAUUCAGUAAACAAGACAAUUUGGAACACUAUGGAGUGUUAUUGCUCGAUGAUAUGAUUCAUCUUGCUAGUGAAAGGAUGUUCGAUAUGAUGGAUGAGGACGAGGACGAGGACGAGGAUGAGGAUGACCAGAUAAGAUAUGAACGUCCAUCAUUCAACAUGUUUGGGAGGGUUCUUUCUGAAUCUUACUCAAGUGCCAAGUCCUCCCUCUCGAGCACUCCAGUGACCCCAACUUCAGUUCUCCCUGAGUUACGGAGCAAGAAGAAUACAAAGGCAUCAUACUCUCCACCUCGUCUUCUGCCACUCAGGGUUCAAGCAGUUGGCAAGCUGAAUCCUAUUGAUGUAAAGCACCUCUCUUUCCAUAUGUUCCCUAAUGUAGCAGCUCAAGAUUCAAAUUUUGUUGUUCAAUUAACAAGCUCAGUUAAUGAACAAAAGUCAGAUGUAGAGGUGAAGAAAAAUUCUCAAGUGAAAUCCAAAGAUGAUAAGGAAUUUGGGCAAGAUUGUGAAAUGACAGACUUGCCAGAUAUUCUACUGACUAGUAUGGAUGUUGAAUCAGAAAAUAAAGGAACAUGUAACACCGGGGCCGAAAAUGAUCUACUAGUGUCAGGACAUGUUACCUUGGAUGUGCUUUUACCUCCAUCUCUUCCAGAACAAGGAGCAGGGCAACAAUCACCACUCACUUUGUCGUUGAAUGUCAUAGACUCGCAAAAACCAACAUCUACUCUGCAAAUUUCUUUACUCACACCAGAUGGAGACAUAUCAUCGAACCAACCAUCGACUUUUGCACCAGCAGCACCACAACCACCACCUCCACCCCCACCUCCCCCAGUACCCAAUUCAUCAGGGAAUGCAGAAGGGUCAAGGCCUGCACCAUUGUUAGCAAAACCAAAUGGUUUUCCACAGCCUCCUCCUCCUCCUCCUACACAUGAAUCAGGGAAAGCAGUGGCACCUCCCCCACCCCCACCACCUCCCAUGACAUCAGGGAAAGCAGUGGCACCUCCCCCACCCCCACCACCUCCCAUGACAUCAGGGAAAGCAGUGGCACCUCCCCCACCCCCACCACCUCCCAUGACAUCAGGGAAAGCAGUGGCACCUCCCCCACCCCCACCACCUCCCAUGACAUCGGGAAAUGUUAUAUCAGUUCCACCUCCACCCCCACCUCCCAUGGGAUCAAAGGUUACUGCUCCUCCUCCACCCCCUCCUCCCAUGGGAUCAAAGGCUAUGGCACCUGCACCCCCACCUCCCAUGGGAUCAAAGGUUACUGCUCCUCCUCCACCCCCUCCUCCCAUGGGAUCAAAGGCUAUGGCACCUGCACCCCCACCUCCCAUGGGAUCAAAGGUUACUGCUCCUCCUCCACCCCCUCCUCCCAUGGGAUCAAAGGCUAUGGCACCUGCACCCCCACCUCCCAUGGGAUCAAAGGUUACUGCUCCUCCUCCACCCCCUCCUCCCAUGGGAUCAAAGGCUAUGGCACCUGCACCCCCACCUCCACCAAUGACUUCAAAUGGAAGAAUGCCAGCACCACCUCCACCCAUGCCAAUGGGAAAAGGAGGUGCACCUCCUCCACCACCAGGGUUUGCAGGUGCCAGGAGCCUAGGACCUAGGAAAGCAGCCACUAAAUUGAAGAGAUCAUCACAAAUGGGAAAUCUUUAUCGACUUCUCAAGGGAAAAGUUGAAGGAUCUAGUUUAGAUGGUAAAUCAAAGGGAAGAAAGGGAAAAUCUAGUGCUAGUGCACCAGCAGGAGGUAAGCAAGGAAUGGCUGAUGCAUUAGCAGAGAUGACAAAGAGGUCAGCAUACCACCAACAAAUCGAGGAGGAUGUUAAAGUACAUGCACAAACAAUUAAGGAGAUGAAAACAGCGAUUUCCUCUUUCCAAACAUCAGAUAUGUCUGAGCUAAUCAAGUUCCACAAAACUGUAGAAUCCAACCUAGAAAAACUAACGGAUGAAUCUCAGGUGCUAGCAAGGUUUGAAGAAUUUCCUACCAAGAAGUUGGAAGCAUUGAGGAUGGCCGCAGCACUUCACACCAAGUUAGAUACAAUAGCCAAAACUCUACAGAAUUGGCCACUAGUACCACCUGUUGGACAACUUCUUGACAAAGCUGAGAAUUACUUCAACAAGAUCAAAGGAGAAAUGGACACAUUGGAGCGGACAAAAGAUGACGAAUCCAAGAAAUUUACAAGCCAUAAAAUCCACUUUGAUUUUGGCAUUCUUGUGCGUAUCAAAGAAUUGAUGGUGGAUGUUUCCUCCAACUGUAUGGAACUGACUUUGAAGGAGCGGAGAGAAGCAAAGCAAAAGGAAAAUGAAGGAACUACACCGAAAAAUGAUAGUAAUAAAAAGGGAUCAGCUAAACUUUUAUGGAAGGCCUUCCAAUUUGCAUUCAGAGUCUAUACUUUUGCUGGUGGGCAAGAUGAUCGUGCUGACAUGUUGACAAGGGAAUUGGCUCAAGAAAUUGAGACAGAUCCUAAUCCAGAGACAUAAAGUUUAUAGUCAUUUUUUCCACAAAAAUAAAAAAAAUCCAAAAAAAGAAGAUCACUAGAGGUGUCAAUAUAUAACGGCAUUAAUGCACAUAGACGCUUUUAAGAGGUUUGAGCAAUUAGUAUAAUGAUGCUUUCCCUGGCAGGUGUUCUAUAGAUGUUUCUUGAGCUGUGAUUUCAUGCACAUUUUUUGUCUGAGGAACGGAGAGAAGUGAGCUAAACUCUAGCUUUGCUCUACCACCUGCAAUACAUACAAUAUUUAUAUUACACCUUUGUGACUGGUUUUGUAGAAUGUACAUAACUUUUGUCUUUACUCUCAGAUUAUAUAAGUAUACGCG